AGUGAGCCUUUGAUGUGCAAAUUCCCUCGGAUGAUUUGAUUUGUCUAAAAUCAAAUCAAGUCUCGGCGAGUUUAACUUUUCAGCCUAGCUGACUUACGCAACAUAGUGUCGCAAGGAAGAAGACUCAUAUCUCAUUUGGAGAAAAAAGGAUCAAAAGACAGCUAAUACCACCACUGACCAGUAUGUCUACUGCAGGAAAGAUCAAGGAGGAACCCAAGCAGGAGUUCCAACCGGUCCUUUGCGACAUGUGUGUGGACACCCAGGUGCCCGCUCUGAAGACUUGCCUCAAGUGUGAGAUCUCCAUGUGUGCUCAGCACCUCCAGGCCCACCUCACCACGCCGGUCCUGCUGCAGACUCAUCCCCUGACCAAGCCCACAAUGCCCGGGGGUCUGAGCUCUGGAGCUGUCCGCUGCCCUGAGCACGGCAAACUCCUCGAGUACUACUGCUUGGACGACCGCACCUGCGUGUGCGUGUCCUGCUCCAUUGAGGACCAGCACCGACUGCACAACAUGAAGAGCCUUCCCAGCGCUCACAAGGUGCUGGUGGAGAAGCUGAGGGAGGAGCUGAAGGAUCUGGACGAGCGAGAGAAACAGGCCAAGGCGCUGAAGAGCUGGGAGACGAAGCAAACAAAGGCCCUGCAGGUAUCUACCGAGUAUCUGGUGAAGAGUGUGUCAUCACUGCGUGAUAUCGGUUGUUUUUGACAUUCUUAAGAAUGGCCAUCAGGUUAUGGAGAAGGUGAGAAAGCUGCAGCGAGACCUCCUGGUCGUGGUUGACCCAGAUAAACUUUAUUGGGGUGAAUCAAAACCUGCAAAUGUGACUUUUGACCCUAAGACAUUA